AUGAGUACGCACGGGGGUACCUAUACUAUUUCCGCCCUAUUUAUUAUAAUUAACGACGCUAAGCUACGAUUUAAAACUAUAAAUAUAUAUAUAUUUAGUUUAUAA